AUGUCUCAAUGGUCCGCGAAGGAAAUUUUCGGUGACAAUUCAGAUGGACUUGUGUCGAUCAACGAACGGGAUAUUUAUGAUGCAGUCAAACGUCUCUCUGAAAGUUCAAAAGAGCGAAUAGAGGAAAAUGAUCUGCAGCGGAUCCAGAGAGCAAUUUUUGAAGAACUCAGCAAGCUAAAAGUCGCACUGAUAGUGGUCGAUUUUCAGAAUGACUUCAUCAGUGGAUCACUCAGAGUUCAGGGAAGCGCCAACGAGAAUCCCUUAGAAGCGAUUGCUCCGCUGAACGACUUGAUUUCCGAAAACGACUCAGACUUGAUAGUUUUUAGCUUGGAUUGGCAUCCACCUAAUCAUAUCUCAUUCGUUGAGUCUGCUCGAGAUUCUGAUCGGAAAAUUGCACAGGAUAAGUCCUAUGGUGAUCUCAAGGCAUUCAACCGAGUUGAAUUUGAAGUACUCUACCCGAGACAUUGUGUUAAAAACACGUGGGGAGCUGAAAUUCAUGCUAAUGUUACGAUUCCAAAUGAUGCAGCCUUUAUCCGAAAAGGAACCCAAGUCUUUGUUGAUUCUUAUUCGGCAUUCAGCGACAACAACGGCGAUAAACUGUGA